UCAUGUAACCGACAGAUCCACCAGCUAACCAAUUGCUCGAGCAUUCAGUCAGUGCGUUUUCACGGCUCUAUAUAAAACGAUUGUUUUUCACAACACACUUCAGUUGAAAACUGUUUCAUCAGCAGGACGGUGAAAAAAAUAAAUAUAUAUUCACGAUGGAAAAAGCAAACCUUACUGCUGUGCUCUAUGGUAUCAACGAUUUGCGAUUGGAAAACACUCCGAUUGAAGAACCAAAUGAUGAUGAAGCACUUAUGGAAAUGGCCUGUGUCGGAAUAUGCGGCUCGGACGUUCAUUAUCUGGUCAACGGAAGAAUAGGUGACUUUGUUGUGGAAAAACCAAUGAUAAUAGGUCACGAGUCGUCGGGAGUAGUCGUUAAAGUCGGAAAAGAUGUUAAAAAUUUAAAGGUAGGCGAUCGUGUAGCCAUCGAGCCUGGUGUACCUUGCAGAAGAUGUCAAUUUUGCAAAGAAGGGCGCUAUAAUUUAUGCAAAGAUAUGAUUUUCUGCGCUACACCUCCAGUCCAUGGUAGUCUUCGUCGUUAUUACAAACACGCAGCAGACUUUUGCUUUAAAUUACCGGACAAUGUUAGUAAUGAAGAAGGAGCAAUGAUGGAACCUUUGGCGGUGGGUGUGCAUGCAUGUAAGCGUGCAAACAUUGGAAUUGGAUCAAAGGUUCUGAUAAUGGGUGCUGGACCAAUCGGUUUAGUUAGUUUAUUAGUUGCCAAAGCGAUGGGUGCUAGUAUGAUAGUAAUUACUGAUUUAGUGGAGCAACGGCUGAAUAUUGCAAAAGAGCUGGGUGCAAAUAAGACUGUCUUACUAAAAAAAGACAUGAAAGAAGAAGACACUGUUAAGAUGAUUCAUGAAGCAUUUGGCUGUGAACCGGAUAAAACUAUUGAUGCUUCUGGUGCUGAGCCCUGUAUUCGUCUUGCAAUUUUAGCUACUAAAUCUGGCGGUGUUGCUGUUUUAGUCGGAAUGGGCGCUCCAGAAAUUAAAAUUCCAUUGAUUAAUGCUCUGGUGCGGGAAGUUGAUAUUCGUGGAGUCUUCCGAUAUGUCAAUGCCUAUCCUGAUGCAUUGGCUCUCAUAGCUUCUGGCAAGGUUAAUGUUAAACCAUUAAUCACACAUAACUUUACCAUGGAGCAAACAGUUGAUGCUUUUAAUGCUGCUAAAACUCCAACAAGUGGUGCUAUUAAAGUUAUGAUUCACUGCAAGUAAAUACAAAUUUUCCUCGACAGUAAUUAUCGUCUUAUCGACGAAUUUUUAAUAAAUUGAUGAAAGUAAAAGAUUUAUCAAAAAUAAAACCGUAAAAAUGCUGUUAAGUUUAUAAAAAAUAGUAUUUUUUUGUAAAUCUAUAUACGUAAAACAAAUUCCUGUUAUAUUUAAGUAUAAAAACUUA